GCUCUAUGAAAAACGAACAUGAUAUUGCCUGAGACGGGUUUGAUACCGCGUGUGAUGAACUUCGAGCUGUACGUGAUGUGUGCAAGUCGCAACUCGAAAUAGGCAGGACCCCUUUUCCCGUAGUGCCCCUGAUCACAGUAGAUGUCAUCGCUCGAUACCUCACGCAAUGAUGAACCAAGAGGUCAAGUUAAUACCAUAUUACGGGACCUCAGGGGUGAACAUUUUCGGCGUGCCCGAAAUCUGCGGCGGUCACCCGCAACCACUCCACCGUCGGCCACUGUUCACAAUCAACCCACUCUCCCUUUUGAUGUGAUCUUCAGCUACCAAUCCCCCGACGCCAGUGACCGAUCUCAUCAGCAGCGAGACUCACGCAUCGCAGGUCCUAAAGCUCCCCGGAGUUGGCGAAUGCAAUCGUCACCCACCUCGAAGGCUACUGACAUUGAGGGCGUUUCUGGUGACGAAGGCUUUGAUAAGAAUACGCCUGCAUGGCGUGAAAUGGCCCUCGCACCCAUUCUCUGUGAGUGCCCAAUCAACAUGCCAAGCCCACACGACCACGCCCAUUCCGUCACUCUUCCUCCUUUGACCCAACUGUGUAUCCACCUUAUUCUCGCUACCUGUGGGGGUGUGGAUCUCGUUGACCUAGUGCCGGGCAUCCCGGUGCACCUACGGCGAGUUUUGAUGCGCUACGCAGCUGUGCAUAUGCCGCUAAGUGUAUCCGAACUUGAGGCACUCUGCGAUGGGCACGGGUCAGCUACUGGUGACCUGAUCGUGGUUGGUCCUUACGCAUCGCUGCGGCGGGGCUGGUUUCAAAAGACGAUGGAAGAUGCGAGGCCGGGAGAAACUGUACAUGGAUCCUCAGCGCACCUUGCUACAACUGAGAAGUGCAGUGACGAUGUUGAAGAUACAUGGGAUGAUACUCAAUCCCUUGGUACAGAACCAGCACUUCUAACUAGGCUCUGUUUCGUAUCCACGUUGUUGACAGUGCCGACUUUUCUCGCGCUCCCACCAACCAUCACGCACCUAGCCCUCCUCAACAUUCCUUAUCAAGUUCCGUUGCAAAGACUGCCUACCAUAUGCCCACCUCUCGUCUUUCUGGAUUUAUCAUACAACGAUUGGCUCGGCCGUUCUUCUGCCAGAGGAAACCACAUCCUGAUGAGCAUGACAUGGUAUAAGCUGCGUCAUAUCCAGGUACUUGGCCUGAGGGGGUGCCCCGUUGCACCCACUUUGCUCGCUGAAGUCAACUGUGGACAUUGGAAAGACGUUAGGAUCAUCACAUAAAAGAUACUGGUAUUCGAGACGCGUGCAUGUACUGUGGGCUCAAACGCAUUGGAACGUAUGUAGAUCAUGAGAACAUGUGAGAGAAUGUAACAUGCUCCGCGU